AUGACCAAGUUGGAUUUAUUAAACGUGUUUUUAAACGACAGACUCACAGCCGCGGCACAGGACAUCUUCCGCGCUAUAAAGGAGACCGUGCUGGAAUAUCAGGGCGAGCUGGUCUGCGUCAGAGAGGAGAACGAACGGCUCAGGCAGCUGCUGGAUGCGACUGUCCAGAGGCUUCUCCUACGGCCAGAGUCAAGACCUGGACAGUUUCCUGAAGUGGAAGAGUGUCUGGGACGUGACUGGAGAUGUGCAAAGAAACAGGUGCCAUACGUCAAAGAGGAGCAACCAGAGGAGGAGCCCCCAGAGGAGGAGCCCCCAGAGGAGGAGCCCCCAGAGGAGGAGCCCCCAGAGGAGGAGCCCCCAGAGGAGGAGCCCCCAAAGGAGGAGCCCCGAGAGAAGGCCAUCGCUGCAUGUGACUCUCUGUUUGCAGUAGGGCAGAUCAAAACAGAGGAGUCCACACACACAAGCAGUCACUGGAGCGCUAACAGCGCUAACAGCGAUAACCCGGCCCACCCCUGGCCCCGCCCUCUUGAGCCCGUAAACAGUCUUCACAAGUGGCACAGCUGCGUGGAGUGCGGUAAAAACUUCAACUUCGCAUGUCAGCUGGAGGUGCACAUGCGCUGGCACACCAAGGAGAAGCCGUACGCAUGCGCCGUCUGCAGGAAGAGCUUCACCACCGCCAGCAUGCUCAAUAGACACCACCGCAUCCACACAGGAGAGAAACCCUUCCACUGCCACGUGUGCGGCAAGAGCUUCAACCAGUCAGCCCACCUAAACACACACUUCAGGCUGCACCUGCGAGAGCGCCACAGAGAGCGCCACAGAGAGGACCACAGAGAGAACCACAGAGGGGACCACAGAGGGGACCACAGAGAGGACCACAGAAAGAACAACAGAGAGGACCACAGAGAGGACCACCGAGGGAGAGGAGGCCUCAGCGCUGCCCUCUGCAAAUGA